CAGUACAGGAGUCACCAAGCGGAUCAUAUAUAUAGUUUAGACCAUUAAUAAAUCAGUACCACCGCGACAAGACAACACGAAACAGGGAAGAACCAAAGAUAAGUGUUACAUUCUAUCAUUAGUGUUGUUAUUAUUAUUGUGGCAAAAUGUGGAAAAGUCUUGCUUUGGUCGCUAUCUUUUCCGUUCUAGCACAAUCAGCCCCUGCACCCCAAGCCAGCGAAGAAAUUCCCCCAUUAAUCUCCUUCAAAAAUGGCAGAGUGGGAGUAAAUUUCCUCGGUUUUAAAGCGUCGGCCGGAUUAGGAGGGUUAUUGACCGGAAACGCAGCUGACGGUGGGCUCGGAGCUUCAGCCGAAACACCGUUCGGACAAAGAGCCGGAGCAGGACUCGGAGGAGUCGUCGAUGGAAACGGUAGAUCUGCGGGAGGUCUUUAUGCAGGCGCCACGGCAGGAAACGGUCUAGCAGCUGGUGCGGGACUCGGAGGUGUGGCCGGAGAAUCCGGAACCUACGGUGGAUCCUUCGCUGGCGCCACGAAUCCCUAUUCAGGCCACCAAGUCGUCAAAGCGUCCGAAAGUGGGACCAUUGUUGAGGCACCAAUCUCCGUGCGUAAAGAAGUUCACGUAAACGCUGUUCCUACUACUACUUACGUAAAGACCAGGUUUAGCGAGGAGGUUGUUAAUCCGGGAAGUAUCAAGGUCGUACAGAAAAUCAAACAUCGUCCACAUCAUCACAAAGUACAUUAUAAAUAUAUUAACUCAUACUAUGGACCAAGUGUCGGAACCUUUGGUGCCGGAGGAAUUGAGGCUGCAGUAGCACCUGCUCCAGUACACAGUACUGUAACAGUAACUAAAACUGCCACCCCACAGUUGUACAAUGACAUCUUCAACAUCCCAAUCUCAACCUUGGGUGCAGUGAAUAAACUGCUGAAUGGCAUUGCGUCAGGAACGUCUGGAUCAGUUGCAGUUUCCAAGCAAAUCACAGUUGGAAAAUAGUAUUUGGUAUUUAUUGGUGAUUUAUAAAUUAUUUUAUACUUAGAGGUUAAUAAAAAAUAUUUUAUAAAAUUA